AGAGAGGAGUGUGGAGAGGAAAAAUAAAAAAACAAGUAGCGGAAGAAGACAGACUUGUGAGAGAAGAGGCCCUGUGGUGGAGAGGAAAUUGAGGAAGCGCAUGUGAGCGCAAGAGUGAGCGAAGCGAAGCGAGAGAGCGAGAGAUUGGAGGAGGAAGAUAACUAAAAGUGGGGAGCCAUGAAAAAGAUAUACAUCGGCAAAACUGCACUGAAAACCUCCCGGAAUGGAUGGAAACAUCAGAAGAAAAGUUCUCUGCAGGAGCAGAAGGAGGACCUGCGGAAGCGUCUGGCCUACACCACCCACAAGCUGGAGCUGCUGCAGAACGAGUUUGACUCCACGCGGCAGUACCUGGAGACGGAGCUGCGCCGCGCCCAGGAGGAGCUGGACAAGUUCACCGAGAAACUACGCCGCAUACAGAGCAGCUACUCGGCCCUGCAGAGAAUUAACCAGGACCUGGAGGACAAGAUCCACCGGACGUCUCAGCACCAUGAGGAUGAGAAGAGGGCCCUGAGUAGGGAGAUCAUCGUCCUCAACAACCAUCUCAUGGAGGCCAAGAUGACCAUCGAGAAGCUACGCGAAGACAAUGAGCUCUACCGGAAGGACUGUAACCUGGCUGCCCAACUCCUGCAGUGCAGCAAAACCCACUACAGAGCCCAACUCUCUGAGCUGCCCGCGGACUUCCAGGAGCGUGUGAGCAUGCACAUGGACGCGGCGCCCAUCUGCCACUCCCCGUACUCCGACACGGUGCCGGCCUCCGUCAUCGCCAAGGUGCUGGAGAAGCCGGACGAGGCCUGCAGCAGCAGCCAGGCCUCCCGCUCGCCUAGCCCGCAGCCCCAGGAGCAGGGCUUCCUGCUGGGGGGCAGCAUGGGCAGCAUGGGCAGCAGCGUGGGCGAGCGGCUGGGCGCGGGCCUGCGCGCUGCCUACAAGACGGACCUGUACAGCAGCGACACGGCGCUCUACUGCCCGGACGAGCGGCGGCGCGAGCGCAGGCCCAGCAUGGACGUCCACGGCACCGGCGCCAACGCCCAGCACCCGCACCAGCACUCGCAGCAGCAGCAACAGCACCUGCACCAGCGCGCGGCCCAGCUCUACGGCCCGCAGAACUCCACCGACAGCAACCCGGACGAGGGCGACCUGCAGGUGAUUGCGGGCGGGCCGUUCGCCCAGGAGCACUUCAGCACCAAGUUCACCACCUCGCUGGGCGGAGGCUCCAGCACCUACUCCAGCUUCAGCGGAGGCGGCUCCGAGGGGGGCGGCAAGGUCGGCCAGGGGGGCCCGCUCAGCAGUGCCACCUCCUCCCCGCACCACCACGCGCUCUACAUGGACUGGCGGGACGCCGGCGCCGCCGACUACGAGCACAAGAGCGACUCGUCGUGGGAGCACGACAGCCCCGGGGGUGGCGGUGGCGGCGGAGGCGGGGGGCCCGUCGUCUUCUCCAAGGCCCACAGCUUCCAGCAGGAGCUCAGCCUGCACAGCCAGAACGGCGGCGUGGUGGGUGGCGGCGGAGGAGGAGGAGGCAGUGGCGGCUCGCCCGUCUACAGCCGGACGAUGUCCUCGUGCUACAGCGAGCCCUACGAGCCGCUGCCCUCCUCGCCCAGCGUGGCGGCGUACGGCGACAGCCGGCGCAGCAGCGCGCUGGCGGCCGAGGAGGAGGAGCUGGAGGAGGAGGAGGAGGAGCUGAUGAUGAGGCGCUGGCGGCAGCUGAGCGUGGACGACCUGAGCGUGGCGGCGGCCGCCGCGGCCCACCAGGCCUACCGCAGCAGCCCCGGGCGCGCCUCCUCGCCCUACAGCUUCUCCGAGCAGCACUUUGCAGUGCGGCCCGCCAAGAUCCGCCUGGGCCCGCUCUACAGCAGCUUCCAGGAGGGCACCGACGUCUACCACCACCACGCCAUCCUGGACCAGGUGUGCUUCUCCUCGCCCAGCCCCGAGUGCAGCCCGGCUGCCAUGCGGCAGGCCCACAGCCACGCGCAGCUGUACCGCGCAGCCAAGUCCGACAGCCAGGAGGAGUCGGAGCACAGCCUGUACCACUCGGUGGGCAGCUCCAAGGACCUGGACGGGAGCCUGGGUCCGGUGGCCGGCUCCGGGGGAGUGGUGGCGGGCAGCAGUGCCGGGGGCAGCAGCGUCGGUGGUGGUGGCGCGCCGGGGGAGGCGGUGGAGUACGUGGACGAGAGUCCCAACAGCUCCACGGAGUCGCUCCACCUGCAGGCCUCGCUGGAGAUGGCCGGCGAACGCGAGCGCGAGCUUCAGAUGUACCAGGCGGAGAUGCACGCGCACGCACACACGCACGCCAUGGCCAGCUCUCCGCAGAGGGCCACGCCAACGCCGGGCCAGAGGUCCACGCCAACGCCGGGCCAGAGGGCCACGCCGACGCCGGGCCAGAGGCUGCCCCAGAGGCCCUUGUCGGCCCAGCAUCCGCAGCAGUACCAAAAAAUGCACCCUGGAACCCUGGGCCUGACCCGCAAGGACAGCCUGACCAAGGCCCAGCUGUACGGCACGCUGCUCAACUGA